AUGAAACAUAAAAAACAAACACCAGUAGCUGAAGAAGAAUCUGAACAAGAUCAAUCAAAUUCGCAAGAAGAUAAUGGAUCAAACGAGACAACAAAUGGUCAUCUAUCAGAAGAAGAUAAAGAAAAAGGAAAUUUAAAAAAUUUUACCAUUUCAAAGAAAAGUAUCAAGAAGCUUAAAGCUCAUAAUAUUGAAUUUUUAUAUCCAGUUCAAGUAAAAAGUUACACAGCUAUCUAUGAGCAAAAAGAUUGUUUAAUUCAAGCAUCUAAUGGAGCUGGAAAAACAUUGGCUUUCGUUAUUCCAAUUGUUGAAUUACUUCAAUCCGAUAAAUCCGUUCAAUUAGUACCUGGACGAGGUCCACGUGCUCUUGUUGUAGUACCAACACGAGAAUCAACUAAAAAAGUCUCAGACGAAUUUCAAUCAAUUGUGAAUGAUUUGUCUAUUGCAACAAUCUUUACUACCAAGAAGAAAUCUGAUGACCAAGAAACAGCUAUUACAAAUGGUUGUGAUGUUCUUGUUGCAACACCAGAUCGAUUACAAGAAUUUAUUGACAAUGAAAAAGUUGAUUUAUCACAAUUAAAACACGUUGUUAUCGAUGAAAUCGCAUCUAUGCUUGAAUCACCUGUGAUUGAUCAUAUUAAAGCAAUUCUUAAAAGUGUUUUUACAUCAGGUCAAGAGACAAAAGCACAAUUAAUUAUUUCUUCUGAAUCGAUAUCUGAUACAGUUCGUAAAAUAACUAAAAAAUAUUUGACAAACGAUGCUGUUACGAUUAAUAUGGCUGAAAAAAAUGCAAAAGAAGAAUCAGAUGAUGAUGAUGAAGAUAGUGACGAACCUAUGAAUGGUUCAUCAGCUAAUGGAGCCGAUAAAACCAAUGGAGCCGCUAAAUCACUUUUAUCAAAACAAGAAAACUUUACAACGUAUCAGUUGACAUCAAGUGAAGAAAUAAAAAGUGUGGGAUUCGUAUUCACAAUGUUACGUAAAUGUUUUGGUGAUGAUUUUGAUGCCAAAGGCACUAUUUCGCAAGUUGCCUUUACGAAAGAUUUUCUAAGUGCCGUAUUCGAUUUACCAAGUGAACUUGAUGAACAAUUACAAAGCUAUUGGAAAGAUAGUGCUAGAAUUCAAAUGGGACCUAUCACAGAAUUGCCUGAACUUGAUGAAGCAUCAAUGAAUGAUAGCAGCUAUUCACGUGGUGGUAAUAAACCAUCACGCGGUGGCGCUGGUGGUGCUGGCGGUAAUAGAAAUGCUGGACGAUCAAACGCAUGUUUCAAUUGCCAAAAAGAAGGUCACAAAUCUUGGGAAUGUCCUGAAUCUAAUGGUUCACAACGAAAUGGUGGCAAUAAAUCCGGUGGUGGUGGCGGUGGUGGUUGUUUUAAUUGUGGUAAAGACGGUCACAAAUCGUAUGAAUGUUCAGAACCCAAAAAAGCUGGUGGUCGACCAUCAUUUGGCGGCGGUGGUGGUGGCGGCGAACGUUCAAAUGCAUGCUUCAACUGUGGUCAAGAUGGUCAUAAAUCAUUCGAAUGCUCAGAACCCAAAAAAGCCGGUGGUCGACCAUCAUUUGGUGGUGGUGGUGGUGGCCGUGGUGGCGGACGCGGUGGAGCUCGUGGUGGUGGUCCAAAACGUAGCUUUGGUACUUCUCAUGAAAAUGGUUUUAAUUCUGGUGAAGCAACUAGUAAAAAGAUCAAAUUCGAUGACGACGAUUAA